ACAGAAAGUUUCUUCAGAUGUUAAGGUUCUUUAUAGAACUAUUCAGAAAAAAAGGUGUGUCUGGUGUUGAUACAGAUGAAGAGUCAGUGUUUGUGAUGGAGGGAGAUUCAGUCACUCUAUACACUGAUGUUAAAACAAACCAACACGAAGAUAUAAAAUGGUAUUUUUAUGACACUCGCAUCGCUCAAAUCAGUGGAGAUCUCAAUGAUAUCUGUACAGAUGUUCAGUGUAAUGAAGGUACUGAGAGAUUCAGAGACAGACUGAAGCUGGAUCAUCAGACUGGAUCUCUGACCAUCAUGAACAUCACAAACACAGACUCUGGAGAUUAUGAAUUAAAGAUCAGCAACAGCAUGAGUGAAAAGAGAUUCAGUGUUACUGUAUAUGAUGUUCCUGCUGAACGAGAUGACAUGAAGAGAAAGUCAGUGAAAGAAGGAGAAUCUGUCACUUUAGAUCCUGUUGUAGUAAAAAACCCAAAUGAUUUGAUGACGUGGUAUUUUAAUGACAUUUGCAUUGCUGUUGUCAACGGAGAUCAGAGUAGGAUCUGUACAGAUGAUCAGUGGUAUGAGAGACUGAAGCUGGAUCAUCAGACUGGAUCUCUGACCAUCAUGAACACCAGAACCACAGACUCUGGAGAACAUAAACUACAGAUCAACAGCAGCAGAUUCAGCAUCACAAGGAUAUCAAUUAUUACAAUUCAGAACACCACCAAUGACUCGUACUCUAAUCACACUAAUGCUCCAGUGAAGAACACCAGCAAUGACUCUUCCUCUAAUCACACUGAUGCUCCAGUGAAGAACACAACCAAUGACUCUUCCUCUAAUCACACUGAUGCUCCAGUGAAGAACACCACCAAUGACUUGUCCUCUAAUCACACUAAUGCUCUAGUGACAAACACUAACAAUGACUCGUCCUCUAAUCACACUGAGAUCGAGCAUGCGUCUGUCAGUGAGGUGUAA